AUGUCUCUAACCAUUGGUGUGGCCCGUCUCAGGGUUUCAUCCAUGAAGACGGCAAUGACAAGCGCAGCUGAGUUUUCUGGUGAUGGCCUUUGUACUUCGCUGCCAAUUCAUUGUUUGACCGCCUCUGGAUCUCCUCCACCCUUCACGAUAUACCGUCGAUCAUCGCUCAGUCACGCAAACCACAUCAAGUUGUUGACUGGUCCAUCGAGCGAGGAAUUCCAAGAUGUGCAUCGCUCUUUCCCAGACGAAUGUCUUCAACUUGACCGCGUGCUCAUGCGGACUGGACACUAUGUGCAUAAGUUCCCUAUGCUACAUGAGAAUAUGAGCAUACCGGGUCGCUGGAUUAUUUAUGCGACUUCUGGUGGCCUAGCCACUGUCUAUAAACACUUCAAUGAUGUGGAGUUUCAAUCCGUGAAUAUCCCUGAGUGA